AUGCUUAGAGCUUUUAGAAGUGCUGUACCUCGUACACAGCUUUUGAAAUCACGCUUAACUAUUCUAAAAACUUCCGUUGUUGGCAGACGUUAUCUUGCUACCGAUUCAUUCUUGCAAGGGUCCAAUUCCAACUAUGUCGAUGAAAUGUAUGAAGCUUGGAGACAAGAUCCAUCAAGUGUCCACGCCUCAUGGAAUGCCUACUUCAAGAACAUUGAAAAUGAUAACAUCCCACCAUCCAAGGCUUUCCAAGCUCCACCAACUAUUGUCCCAACAGUUUCAGGAGGUGCCGCUGGAUUCUAUCCUGGCCAAAGUCCAAUUUCAGAAGAUGUUGUUACCCAUUUGAAGGUUCAAUUGUUAGUUCGUGCUUACCAAGUUAGAGGUCAUCAGAAGGCUAAAAUUGAUCCAUUGGGAAUUUCUUUUGGCGACAACACUACUGUUCCAAAGGAAUUGACUUUAGACUACUAUGGUUUCACCGAACAGGAUUUGGCUAAGGAAAUUACUUUGGGUCCUGGUAUUUUACCAAGAUUUGCUCAAGGUGGUAAGAAGAGUAUGACCUUGAAAGAAAUCAUUAACUUUUGUGAAAAAACUUACUGCUCCUCUUAUGGUGUUGAGUACGUACACAUUCCCUCAAAGGAGCAAUGUGAUUGGUUAAGAGACAGAAUCGAGGUUCCUCAACCAUUCAAAUAUUCUCCAGAUCAAAAAAGACAGAUUUUGGAUCGUUUGAUUUGGGCCACCUCUUUCGAAUCCUUCUUGUCAAGCAAGUUCCCAAAUGACAAGAGAUUUGGUUUGGAAGGUGCCGAAGCCGUUGUCCCAGGUAUGAAGGCUUUAAUUGAUACCUCCGUUGAAUACGGUGUCGAAGACGUUGUUAUUGGUAUGCCACAUAGAGGUAGAUUGAAUAUGUUGUCCAAUUUUGUUCGUAAACCAAACGAAUCCAUCUUUUCUGAAUUCACUGGUUCCAAAGAAUUCGAUGAAGGUUCAGGUGAUGUGAAGUAUCAUUUGGGUAUGAAUUACGCAAGACCAACAACUUCUGGUAAGCACGUCAACUUGUCUAUUGUUGCUAAUCCAUCGCAUUUGGAAGCCGAAGAUGGUGUUGUCUUGGGUAAAACUCGUGCAAUUCAACAAUACAAACAAGACAUUGGUUCUUUCAAAAAGGCCAUGGCUGUCCUUUUACAUGGUGAUGCCGCAUUUGCUGGGCAAGGGGUUGUUUAUGAAACUAUGGGUUUUGCUAACUUACCAGCAUAUUCUACUGGUGGUACUAUUCAUGUCAUUGUGAACAAUCAAAUUGGUUUCACCACUGAUCCAAGAUUUGCUAGAUCAACUUUGUAUCCAUCUGACAUUGCCAAAGCCAUUGAAGCUCCAAUUUUCCAUGUUAAUGCUGACGACGUAGAAGCUUGUACUUUUGUCUUCAAUUUGGCCGCUGAAUGGAGAGCCACUUACCACACCGACUGUAUCAUUGAUGUUGUUGGUUACAGAAAGCACGGUCAUAACGAAACUGAUCAACCAUCUUUCACCCAACCACUCAUGUACCAAGAAAUUGCCAAAAAGAAGUCUGUUAUUGACAUUUACGAAAAGCAAUUAAUUGAAGAAGGUACUUUUACUGCUGAAGAUAUCAAUGAACACAAACAAUGGGUUUGGAAUAUUUUGGAAGACAACUUCAAGAAAGCCAAAGACUAUAAACCUACCUCUAGAGAAUGGUUGACAACUCCUUGGGAAGAUUUCAAAUCACCAAAAGAAUUGGCUACUGAGGUCUUACCACACUUGCCAACUGCUGUUGAUGAAGCUACUUUAAAGAAAAUUGGUAAUGCCAUUUCCGAAACUCCAGAAGGAUUUGAAGUCCACAGAAACUUGAAACGUAUUUUGAAUGCCAGAAAGAAGAGUGUUGAGACCGGUGAAGGUAUCGAUUAUGCUACUGGUGAAGCCCUUGCUUAUGGUUCUUUGGCUCUUGAAGGAUACCAUGUUAGAGUAUCGGGUCAAGAUGUUGAAAGAGGUACUUUCUCUCAAAGACAUGCUGUUUUGCACGAUCAAAACAGUGAAUCUGUGUGGACACCAUUGUCCAAUUUGAGUGAAGACCAAGGAGCUUUCAAUAUUUCCAAUUCUUCUUUGUCAGAAUAUGGUGUUUUAGGGUUUGAAUAUGGUUACUCCUUAACUUCCCCAGAUGCUUUGGUUGAGUGGGAAGCUCAAUUCGGUGAUUUCGCAAACACUGCCCAAGUUGUUAUUGAUCAGUUUGUUGCUGGUGCUGAAUCAAAAUGGAAACAAAGAUCUGGUGUUGUUUUGUCAUUGCCACACGGUUAUGAUGGUCAAGGUCCAGAACAUUCUUCAUCCAGACUUGAAAGAUACUUACAAUUAUGUAAUGAAGACCAACGUUUCUUCCCAUCACCAGAAAAAUUAGAACGUCAACAUCAAGACUGUAACAUGCAAGUUGCCUAUCCAACCACCCCAGCCAACGUUUUCCAUCUUUUACGUCGUCAAAUGCAUAGACAAUUCAGAAAGCCAUUGAUUUUGGUCUUUUCUAAAUCGUUAUUGCGUCAUCCAUUAGCAAGAUCAAACUUGUCAGAAUUCACUGGUGAUUCCCACUUCCAAUGGAUCAUUGAAGAUGUUUUAGGAGACAAAUCAGAAGUGAAGAGAGUUGUGUUAUUGACUGGUCAAGUUUAUGCUGCUUUUCACAAAAAGAGAGCUUCCUUAGAUGACAAAUCAACUGCUUUCAUUAAGAUUGAACAAUUGCAUCCAUUCCCAUAUGCUCAAUUACGUGAUGCCUUGAAUGAAUAUCCAAACCUUGAAGACUUGGUGUGGACCCAAGAAGAACCAUUGAACAUGGGUGCUUAUAACUUUGUUGCUCCAAGAGUGGAAGCUGUUUUGGGUGAAACUCAGAAAUACAAGGACUUGAAAUUGAGAUACGCUGGUAGAGACCCAAGUGCUUCUGUUGCAGCUGGUUCUAAGGCCAUGCAUGUUGCUGAAGAAGAAGAAUUCUUAGCAGAAACCUUUCGUCAAUAA